AGGUCGUCUUCUUCAUCGAUUUUCUUAGCUAGGGCAUCGUUUUGUCCUCUGUAUUCUGAUCGAUCGGCAUAGGCGUAACUGAGAACUAUGUCGUACUUGCUUCCUCAUCUUCACUCUGGAUGGGCCGUGGAUCAGGCAAUUCUCGCUGAAGAAGAACGUCUCGUCGUCAUUCGGUUCGGUCACGAUUGGGAUGAAACUUGCAUGCAGAUGGAUGAGGUUUUGGCCUCUGUUGCAGAGACAAUAAAGAACUUUGCUGUAAUAUACCUUGUGGACAUAACUGAGGUGCCUGAUUUCAAUACUAUGUACGAGUUGUAUGAUCCUUCAACGAUAAUGUUCUUCUUUAGGAACAAACACAUUAUGAUAGAUCUCGGAACUGGAAACAACAACAAGAUCAAUUGGGCUAUGAAGGAUAAGCAGGAAUUCAUUGACAUUGUUGAAACAAUUUAUCGUGGGGCAAGAAAGGGUCGCGGUCUGGUUAUUGCUCCCAAGGAUUACUCCACUAAGUACCGAUAUUAAGCUGCUGCUGCUGCUGCUGCUGCUGCUGCGCAGUUACUACUAUGUGGUGAAGAACUUAUCUGGUAAUUUCUUUCAUGUA